AUGGCACAGUUGGAGCCGGAACUUCGGAUAUGCCAUCGAAGACCACAGGAAGACAACGGUGGCCUGAAGGCCAGAACGGUAGAUUCCUCUGGUCCCCUCACGGCUUACCGGCUCUGGAUGUUUUCACACCUCCGAAAUGGCAUUCCCACUCUUGUUAUCGUCGAUGACUUGGGUCCUGGACUUUUUCGUCGCCGUCCGCAGUCCCUGCGCACUCUCUACACGGCAGUUCUCGCGGUGGCUAUUUACAAUUGUCUGGAGCUCGUUCUACUCAUCUUUCUUACUUUCAACAAAUAUGAAGGCCUUUACUUCUGGAGUCUUCUUCUGGCCACGGUCCCAGGUGUUCUGACAGAUGCAGUGUUCCUGUUAAUGUAUUACUAUAUGACAAUACCGCCUACGGUGGCCUUCACUUUUGCUAGCAUCGGCUGGUGUUUCAUGAUUACCGGUCAAGCCGUUGUCUUAUAUUCUCGUCUCCACAUGGUCCUACACAGCCGAUUGGGCCUACGACUGGUUUUGGCCAUGAUAAUAGUCUUUGCCAUCGUCUUUCAUAUACCUGAUAUUGUCACCGGGUAUGGAGCAAUUGUCGACAAUGACGCCCAACCCGCAUUCACCCGCGCAUUCCACAUCAUGGAGAAAAUACAAUUGACCGCGUUUUCGGUGCAGCAGUUUGUCCUUUCUGGGCUCUACCUCUAUCUCGCCACUGGCCUUCUAGCCUUCGUGCCCGCCAAAGCCCGUCGAAAGGAGCUGUAUAGACUCAUCGCAAUGAACAUUGCUAUCAUUAUUAUGGAUAUGGCCCUCGUGGUAUUCGUCCACCUGAACUGGUGGGUGGCCCAUGAGUCGCUCAAGCCAUUCGUAUACAGCAUCAAACUGAAGCUGGAGUUUGCGGUUUUGCGUACGCUGCUUUCGAUGUCAAAGUCGGCCGCUGUCGAACUACCGGAUUUCGUGGAUCCUACCAGACUCCAGGGGGACGUUAGAUACGCGCCUCCAAUGCCAAUGACACAAAUCCGGGAGCAACGGACAGAUUCAAUGAUAUCAGACGAGAUAGGAUGGGAUCAAGCAAGUACAGCACACACAACUGGCUCGAGUUUAGAGCAACAGAAUCUUCCGGUGGAGGAGGAGGCUCCCCUCCAGUCUGGUUCUUUGUCUAGUUACAAAAAACGAUCCAAGACAUACCCGUGA